AUGAGAAAACUGCAACCGAUCGUUGCCAGUGUCCUGCUGCUCUGUUGGUCCAUCGAAAUUAAAGCCGAGAAUUUGCUAACCAGUUUUGAGAUCAUUCACGGGUACAUCUAUCCGCCGAGUGUUACCGUGGCUGAGGGCGAAUGGAUAUAUCUGCGGUUGCUGGUACCGAAGGAAAGCACCGACCGCUGUCUGUACCGCGAACCUGGUUCACGACAGGACAUUGAGGUACCAGCAAGCGGUCAACAGUCUGCUGGCGAUCGACGAGAUGUCAGUAAUCAGCACGCCCGUGAGAAUGAGUGCGGUAUUCGCGUCAGUUCCGUGCAAGAACGGCAUGCCGGCUUUUGGAGGCUAACCUUGGAGCGAGGAACAGAUCGGAUACGGGGAGUAACGAUGGUGGAUGUGAUUAAGCGUCCGGUGGUACCGGAAGUCAGUGAUGGCAGUGUUGGUUCGCUUGACGACCUUAGUCCCGACCGCACAGAGUACUGCUACGUACAGCGAUCGGAUGGCGGUACCGAACGGUUAGAUGUACCGAUGCACGAGCGAUGCACGUUGCCGUUGACGGAAACCGAUCCUACCGGGGCCGGAAUUUGGCAGGUUGUGGCCGGCGUCCAGGGGCAGAUGCGUGAAAUGACGUACGGAGUCAACAUCGAGAACAAUGAGGAACAAAUUGUUCCCAGCGUCCGCAAGGAAUCGAACUUCCACAUCCUUUCGUGCCAGCUUCGGUACACCAAGCUGAUGUUGAAGUUUUGUCGCUUCUUCCGACUCGCGGACAACUUCGGAUUGAACGUGAUUCCUGGUCUCGGUACAUCGCGUUACAAUUACGCCGGGGCCGGCUUUGAGCGCAACGAGUGCGGGCUCGAAAUUCUCGACCCAGACGGCCUCGAUAAGGGCCUUUGGAAGUGUGUGCUCGGAUACGGUGAUGCCCAGCAGACGAAGGUUUCUGGUGCCAUACUGGACAACCUAGACACCGUCGUCCCGUUGGCUAUUAUCGGUCGAAGCGAAGGAGUAACGGCCCAGAAUGGAACACUGGCAACGCUGCAGUGCAACGUGAACAAACCGAUCGACUACUGCUGGUUCCGUGGACCACAUGGCCAGUUCUAUUCACUGUCCGAGAGUCUUACGCCCACCGAAAACACUGGCCACUGGUACAGCGGGAUUUCGCUUGCGAUGGGUGACUGCGGCAUUGCACUGGAAGCCAUCACCGACGGCGAACACGCUGGCCUUUGGCGUUGUUACGCCGGCAAUGGACGCGUUUCGGCAGUGGAAGUAUCGGCCUCAUUUAUGUUGCGCAUUUCAGCAUCCCAACUGAUCGGAGUGGCCGACCGGGUUGAGAUAAGGGACGGUUUCCCGGCCAUGCUCGGGUGUGAUUCGAUUCCGAAGGGUACACCCCUGCAACACUGCCGUUUUGUUACACCGACCGGUGACGCGUUCAGUUUGAACGAAAACGUCACCCACGAUCGUCCGAUCCUCGAACGGUUUUACUCGAACCCGAACCAUGAUCUCGCGAAGGGUUCGUGUUCGCUGGUAAUCGCCACCGUACGACCGGAAGAUGCGGGACGAUGGAUUUGUGCUGGUAAAAUCCACGGACAUGCCACGGAACACACUGCCAGCGUCGAGCUGGUGACGAACGUUGGCGGCGAGGAAAGGGCCACACUUUCGGCGGCCUCAAUCAGCGGUAUGGUGAUCGGUUCCAUCGCUAUCGUGCUUGGAGCGUUCGUUGUCGGUUGUUGGCAUUACCGGAAGCGUCUCCACCGUGACGCCGCAGCCGUUGUUCAGGGAAUAGAGAUGCGGUCGGUGGAAUCGGUCUCCCAGAUUAGUCGGCGAAGAGUCAGCAACAGUAUGAGUGUAACAAGCUCAGACAGCAACACCAGCAGUCAGGGAAGCCAUCGGAAUCUUCACUCUACACUAUAG